AUGGUUAGUUACGACGCAUUCCAGAAAAGAGAGGACAACGUUCUAAAUACACAAGAAGUCUGUCAUUCUAUGCGAAAACUUCUCAGCACUACAGACAGACCUAAGAGAAGGAGCACCAAAAACAGACUUCAUCGAGAUGAUUCACGCUGCAUGCCACCGAAACACAACAAAUACGAGGAAGAGGGCAUGUCUCAGCUCAGAUUUAGAAGAUUUAGAACUCUGGAAUCGUUCAUGAUGAUGUCACUCUAUAUAGCAAGAAUUAGAGCCCAAAGGGCCUCACGUUUCUGUUUCACCUACAUAUUAUGCACUGUCUCCCGAAUAGACCGGGCCAAUCUAAGGACUCAGUUCUCUAUCGCUGGCCUUGUAGUACCUGUUCUUUCUUUCUCACAGUUGUUUUGCAUGGUCUCAAAACGGACUGAACGAGUUUCCCUCUUUCUGUGUGCAGUGCC